UGCCGGGCAGAUCUGAGUCACCUGCGGGAGAGGAACGUGGAGGAUCUGUCCGGAGGAGAGCUGCAGAGGUUCGCCUGCGCCGUCGUCUGCAUCCAGAGAGCCGACAUUUUUAUGUUUGACGAGCCGUCCAGUUACCUGGAUGUGAAACAGAGGCUGAAGGCCGCCAUCACCAUCCGCUCGCUCAUCACCCCGGACAGGUACAUCAUUGUGGUGGAGCACGACCUGAGUGUGUUGGAUUACCUGUCUGACUUCAUCUGCUGUCUGUACGGCGUCCCGAGCGCCUACGGAGUCGUCACGAUGCCCUUCAGCGUCCGAGAGGGUAAAAACGCAAAAACACACAAAA